AUGUACCGCUCAACCAAAGGAGCAUCCAAGGCUCGGCGGGACCAGAUCAACUCCGAGAUCCGCAUCCUGAAGGACUUGUUGCCCAUAUCCGAUGCAGAUAAAGCGCGGCUCUCAUACCUGCACAUCAUGUCGCUUGCCUGCAUGUACACCAGGAAAUCCGUCUUCUUCACUCAAGAUGCGGGAACGAGUCUCGCUGAGAGCGCUCUGUCUUUCCAAGAAUUGUCGGAGUUGAUGGAGACGCUGCCGGGGUUUCUGAUGCUGCUGACUGGGGAAGGGAGGCUGCUGUACCUGUCAGACAGCGUCUCCGAGCACCUCGGACACUCCAUGGUGGAUCUUGUGGCACAGGGGGACAGCGUGUAUGAUAUCAUCGAUUCCUCGGACCAUUUUAUCAUGAGGAACAACCUGUCAACCUCCACGUCACCUGAGAUGGACCGUCUCUUCCGCUGUCAUUUCAACACCUCCAAGUCUGUGCGGAGGCAGAGUGCUGGGAACAAGCUGGUUCUGAUCCGAGCCCGCUGCCUCUCUCCCCUCGCCGCCUCCCCUGGGUCCUACUGGACAUCCAACACAGUCUGGGUGUGUUUCUGCUCCCCUCUGGAGCCCCACCCAUCUCUCUCCGGCCCCGAGGAAGAGAGGGAGUCAUCCUCCACCACACCUCUAGCUGAGACCAACUUGUUCCUGGCAUGCUUCCACUCCCAGCAUGGCCGGGACAUGAGGCUGCAGACUGCCCAGGACAGCGUGAGCGGCUAUCUCGGCUUUGAUGUGACAGCUUUACGCUCUUGCUCCUGGUACAGCCUCCUCCACCCACAGGAUCUGUCACAUGCCUCCGCUCAGCACCGCAGCCUAUUGAGAGAAGGAGGAGAGGGCAGAGCUGAAAUGGUGGUGCGUGUGCAAACUCAAGACCAGUCGUGGAUUUGGCUCUACAUGGUGCUUCAGCUGCAACCUGGAGAAAUCCCCAUCAACAGCAACAACUACAUUAUCAGUGAGUCUGAGGCCUGGUCAGUGCGUCAGCAACUCAGCUCUGAGCACACCCAGCUGACCCUGGUUCUGAGUGGUGGGGCUUCUCAGCAUGAGGGUCUGAGCCUCCAGUCUCCAGACACCCUGUCCAGUCCAGACCAGGUCUUCACCCCAGGCAGCAGCGGCCUGUCAGCCCAGUCCUUUGACUUCAGCACUGCUGGCUGCAGUGUGGGCUCCUCUGAUGAACCUGGGAGCUCUGCUGCCGAGGCCAUGCAGCUGGAGGGGGACCCUCGUUCCAGCAUCUCCUCUCUGGAGGAAGAAAGCUUCUUUCAGCAGCAUCCUGCUGAAAGGCCCUCCGCUGCCUCCUCCCCCACUCCAGUCACUGUUGAAACUGUGGCAGACUUAGACUUUUUAACCCAGAACAUUCUCCUGCCGCCAUCCUUCCAGCUCAACCCUCCACUGCCGCCUCUCCCCCCUAUCCCCACCUCUCAAGAUCAGCAGACCAAAGAGUUGGUGUGCACGCCACCCUACACUCCCCAUGUCAUUGGGGCUAGCUUCCCAUUCGGCGAGCCCCUCUUUAGCUUCGAUCCCUCUGGCACUACCACUCCACCUCUCUCUUCUACAACAGCCACCUCCACCACCUCAAUGGCCCCUUCAGCUUCCUCCUCAGCCCCACCAACUACGGGCUCCAGCCCCUCUCCCCUGAACACCCUGUCCACCAAGCUCGCCCUCAAGCUGGCUACUCCAUCCACUGACUUCCUCUUUUCUGGCGAGCACGGCAGUGGUGCCCUUUAUGAGAAACUGCCCCCCACACCCGACAGCCCCGGAGACGGCGACUGCACAGUGAUGACCCUGCCUGAGGUUCGGGGUCCGCUGUAUGUAAAUGUACCACUAGGGCCCCUCCAGUGUCCACCUGAAGGCCUCCUCACACCUGAGGCAUCACCCGGUAAACAGCCCUGCCUCUCCUUCUUCUCCCUGGAGAGAGAGAGGGAAAGAGCAGAAAUCUCCCUCUUAGCUCAGCACAUCAGCUCCCUGGCAGAGGGAUUCUACCUGGAUCCACUCUUGUCCAAACUCUCUCCUCCCUCGAUGUCACCCUCCUCCUCCCCCUUCCUGUCUCCCACCAUAGAGACUGCCGAUGUUGAUUCAGUCCACAUGCUUAGGGAGUUUUAUCCCAUUAAGGCAUGGAGAGGUCUGGACAUUCCCAUGUUUCUCGAUGAUGAUGACUCUCUGUUUGAAGAGAACAUCCUAGAAAACCUUCUCCAAGACAACUUCCUUCCCUCUCAGUCCCCCAGCCUCUCCCCUCCCUCCCCUUCCACCUCCCCUAUACCCAAUCCAUGCAGCCCAAUUUCUUCUCAAACCCCAGUGUGCUGGCGCCAACCCUCCCAGUUUGAGGGAGCGGGCCACUUCUGUAGCGUCCAAUCGGCGCAAUGUAACUGCAUGGCUGGGGGCGGGGCGACUGCGGCUGAGGCAAUGGAGGAAGGGGAGGGGACAGCGGAGGAAGCAAUGGAGAUCGAGGUGGUGUCAUCAUCUCCUGUGUCCUCUUGCUCCUCCAUCCUAGCUUCCCCUCCCCUCAUCCUCACUGCCUCCCCCAGCCCCGCCACCUCCACGCCCAUCGGCUCGCCCAUGCCCGCUGUAUCUUGCAAUCAGUCCCUCCUGGAGGAACUGGCUGUCAUGGAACCCAUGUUUGGGGCAGGUGCCUCGAUCACCCCUGGCUUAGGGCAACAACCUGAGUUGUAUCAACUCCAAUGUCAUCCAUCAGCACAGUGCUUCCAUAAAGAUGGGAGUGGAAGUUCCUCUGUUCUAAAAUAA